UGCCUAUCAUGUGUUCUAUUUGACAUACACCAUAAAUGCACAGCCCUACAAAUGGGCUUUGGCCCGUUUCUUUUUGGCCAUAUAAUGGCGUUAGUGUAUCGGGGUCUGGCCCUACGAUACAUAUUAGGCUCUAAUCAGGGUUUGAGGUAAACCAAUAACAUUUGCUUUGAACAUGCAUAGAAAAUUGGGGGAAUCGUAGCAUAACAUUCCCAAACCAACACAAGCCCUUUGAACAAAUCUGUGCAGAAGAGAAGCGACACUCACCGCAACGAGAGAUUUCAGAUGAGGGAACAUAAGAAGCAAAAUGCUUAUGUGAGGCAAAUAAUUGAGGACAUAAUUUGGACUCAAACCGUGGCGCGAAUUUGUAUACUGCACAUGAUUUUUAGCAAAGUUUCGAAGAAAAGGAGGCGAGCUGAAUUUGCGUUGGCUUACGACAUUCUGAAUCGAGUACCGAUGCAGAUUCAACGUUUAAACAGACUCGUUGGGGUAACUGACACAGAUUGUUUAGUUAAUUGUAGGAUGGACCGGAAUACGUUUGGAAGGUUGUGUUCAUUGUUUACAGAGUUGGGAAUGUUACGCGUCCGGCGGUUCGUAGGGAUAGAAGAGCAAGUCGCCAUUUUUCUAGGUGUCAUAGCACAUCACAAGAAAAACCGUGUUGUUCGAUUUGAUCAUUGGCGAUCAGGGAACACAGUUUCAUUCUACGUUCAUGAGGUCCUUGCAGCAGUAUUAAAGUUGCAUUCCUUGUUCUUGGUCAAACCCGAGCCUAUUCGCGAAGAUUGUGUAGAUUGGCGAUGGAAAUGUUUUCAGGGGUGUCUUGGUGCUCUUGAUGGCACCUACAUUGACGUUUUAGUACCAAACGAGGACAAACCACGGUUUAGGAAUAGGAAGGGUCAGAUAACAACCAACACUUUGGCCGCUUGCGACAGGCACAUGCGUUUCACAUACAUAUUACCCGGCUGGGAGGGAUCAGCUGGCGAUGCUCGAGUGCUUCGCGAUGCCGUAACUCGUCCUCAUGGGUUGCGAGUCCCAAUAGGUAAUUAUUAUUUGUGUGAUAAUGGAUAUGCGAACAGUGAAGGUUUUCUAACCCCUUACAAGGGGGUGAGGUAUCACCUCCAAGAUUGGGGUCCUGAUGCGCAAAUUCCACAAAAUGCUGUAGAGCUCUUCAACAUGCGUCAUACCAAAGCUAGGAAUGUAAUUGAGAGAGCAUUCGCGGUACUGAAGAUGCGGUGGGGUAUUUUGCGCAGUGCCUCCUUCUAUCCCCUCAAAGUUCAAAUAAAUUUAAUUAUAGCAUGCUUCCUUCUCCAUAACUACGUUCGGUCUGAGAUGCCAAUUGAUCCACUCGAUGACCUUUUGGACUGCAUGCCUGAGAGCCAAGGGGCUGAGGCCGAGGGAGAUCAUAGGGACAUUGAAUACGUUGACUACGUUGAGGCAACGUCAUCUUGAUCAUCCCUUGUUACGCCCACCACCCAUUCAAGGCCAUUGAGCAUUUGGAGUCUGCAGAGAUUAGGUAAGCUACCUCCAUGCUCGCACAUCCAUUCAUAAGGAAUAACCUUCAUGUCAAAAAAGUAUGUGUCGUUGUUAGUUUGGAAAGCAAGCCUCGCAUGUAAAAUACAUAUGAAUUUUCCAACUUACCAUGCGGUACAAGCAUGACCGUGUAGUCAAUGUCCGACAAAACGAUGGUUUAAUGUGCCUA